UGUAAGGAAUCAGAUGUUUAUUUCUGAUGUUACCAGCUCACAAAAACACGCAUUUCAUAUUGCCGGUUUAUUGAACAUUUUUUUUGUUAAAAAAAUUAUUGACAAUUGUAAAAAUACAAUAUUUUUUUGAAAGUUGUUUAAUUUUUUUGGAGUAAAAUAGUUUCUUUAGUUUUCUCUUUCAGUCUCGUGACACAAUGCUGAAAAGAAUCACGUGUAGAAUUAUGUGAUAAAGGCAAAGGAAUGCUGUUCAAAGGGAACAUAUUUCUACCGCCAGUACGUGCGAGAAGAUUGUUACAAAAAUAAGAGUGGUGUGUUGUUUUAUCAAUUCCACUGGAAGUGAUAUCAAGCAUCCGACUUAAAAACAUCUCGGAUAUUGGAUUUGAUACACGACCAUGAGAACAUUUCCAGAUACAAUCUGUUUAACAACUAUUCUUUUGCUUCUCACCAAAACAGAGGCCCUAGAGGAAAAUUGUACAGACUUUCAAGGAGGAACGGUGAAACAUGGUUUAUUAUACGUUCCAGGACCUGCAGUAUGCAGUCUGUGUGUCUGCUAUCACUCGGAACCCAUGUGGUGUCAAGCUAUUUAUUGUACACCACCUUAUAGAUGUAAGAGGUUUCGAGUUGGGGAGAGAUGCUGUGAAUUUGAGUGCCUUGAUGGAAUGAGUGAAAUAGAUUGGACUGGCCCAGAUCUGAUCAUUGCAGCUGGAUCAUCUAAACUUCAGGAUCGAGGACUUUUGGGACUUUUUCUCAUCUCUAUUUUAAUGGUUCUCUAAUUGAGUCAAGCCAACUUUAGAUUGAAUACAAUUAUACAUAUUUCAAUUUCAAAAAUGACAUGAAACUUCGAGCGAGAACAAUAUUUUUUAAUUUAGAAACGAAGUAGGGUAGAUGCACCAAUGGUGGAUUAUUCUAUCAAUGAUGAAUCAGCUGCGAUAAAAGGUUCAGAAGGGCUCAAAUAUGGUGCAUUUACUCUAUCUUUUAACAUUUUUCUUUUAUUUAAUAAUGUAUUUGUAAAAUGUUUUAUUUAUAAUUUUUUACAUAAUACAAAAUGUUUUACAAUUUUAUCAACUUUUUUGAAAUUGGAUAUAUGCAUAGAUGAAAAUUAAGGUGCUAUCAAUUUGUUUACGUAAUUUUCUAUCAGCUUCAACAGUUUUCUGUUUCAAUUAUAAUUAUAAAACACUGACUUUUUUUUAAAAUAAUAAUAUAUAUUUUUAUUACUCAUUCACUUCUAUUAUUCUAAUUAAGUUUUUCAAAUUUGAAAUAAUUUAAAGAAAAUUAAUAUCUAGACAAUGAAUCUACAUUAUUGCUGCAAUCACUAUUUAAAAAACAUUAAUUUAUAGUUUUUCAGGAAUUUAAUUUUUUGAUGAAUAAUGGGUGAUUGUAGUUGGUGAGAAAUUUUCGAGACAUCUUUUAACUACCCUAGUAGAAAUUUGUCGUGGCAUGACUAGAUUUAUUCAAGUUACUGUACAGUUUUAGUCAUGGAAGUUUAAUCUAGCUUAACUGGCGAAUUACUAGACAGCUACUGCAUA